GCCCCCAUGGCGAUCGUGCCGCAGCCAAGGCGCCAUUGCCGGAGCGCCUGUCCGGGCCCAGGAGGGCACCGAGUCGCUGCUCCGGCACCGGCUCCUGCCGAGGCCCAGCGGGAAGGAGACCGUGGGCAGUCGCUCCCGCAGCGCCCUCAGCUCAGGGGGAACAUGGGCCAGGCACGGCACAACGAACCCGCCAGAGCCCCCUGCCGCCCCCUCCGCCCGCAGCGAGCCCCGAGCCCCCGCAGAACGGGGUGAGGCUCCCACCUGCUCCGGCCACUGCCGCUGCCCCCGGGCCGCACAUACGCUGCCACAAUGGCGCCUUUGGCCCCGGGGCCGGGCUUGUUCCUGCUCUGCCCAAUCAGCGCGCGAGAACGAGGAGUGACGGCAGAAUCAGCGGCACGGACUCCCCUCCCUUUCCCCGGCAUUUCUCGGAAACCUCGCCUGAUGAGCGGCUCCCGCGCUGGUCCCGGCCCAGGCAUCGGGCCAAGGAACCGCUUCCCUGAACCACCGGGAGCUCGGGGUGAGCGGGAGCUGCGGGCGAUGGGAGCUGGGGAUGAGUCCAGGAUGGAGCCGGGACCCACCUGGAGCCCCGCAGAAGCCCGAAGCGGGCAAGGGAUGUCUGAAAGAGGCCCCGGAGCUGUGCAAGAAAAUUUACGUCGCCAGAGUUUUGUGUGCCUAAAGGAAACAGGGGAGACCUGUAAAAGUGACUUUAUUGAUGACCAAAGGGAGAGGCCAUGCGGCAUUUGUCAUGCGGUCUCUAAAACGCAGCCUCCUUUUUAUCCUCAUUUUCCCGGCUGCAUCUCCCUCUCCAUUCCCCACUGGCUGAGGUCCCAACUCCUGAUUUUCCUUCUCAGCCUUUUCCAGACCAGGUCUCUCCAGCACUGCCCGGGGCUGUGUCUAAGCCCCAGGAGCAUUUCUUCCCCCACAUGCUGCAAGACACGGGAGAGGGAUCCACGAUUUUCAGAGGGGCGUGGGUAGAUGGAGGAGGAGGAAAAGCCCUGGAGAUCCCUCAUGAAGAGGAGCAGCAAACCCAGCCCAGGGAGCUGCGAGGAGGAAAGACCCUCCCUGAGCCGGGAAGGUGGCUGGAGAUGCAGGCAGAGCUCAGAGCUGGUGGAGAAGCCUCAUGGAGGGGAGAAGCCCCACAAGUGCUUGGAGUGUGGGCGGGGUUUCAGCUAUAGGUAAAGGCUGAUCUGACACCACAUGGCCCACACUGGGGAAAAGCCCUGCGAGUGUAGGAAAUGUGGGAAGGGUUUCAGAGACAUUUCCCACCUGAUGUGGCACCAGGUGAUCCAUACUGGGGAAGGUUCCUACAUCUGCUUGGAAUGUGAGAAGAGCUUUGGGCAUAGCUCCAACCUGAGAAGCCAUCAGCGCAUCUACACUGGGGAGAGGCCCUACGAGUGUUCUUACUGUGGGAAGAGGUUUCAGACCAGCUCUGAUUGCCUCCUACAUGUACGGAUUCACACAGAUGAGAGGCCCUUCCACUGCCCCGACUGUGGGAAGGGAUUCAAGCAGAACUCCACCCUCACUGUCCACCAGUGCAUCCACACCGGGGAGAGGCCCUACGAGUGUCCUGAGUGUGGGAAGAGCUUCUCCAGGAGCUAAACCUUGGCCAAACAUCAAGGGAGGCACCACUAAGAGAAGCCCUGUGAGUGCACCGAGUGUGGGAAGAGCUUCGUGCUCAGCUCCAGCUCCAUCCCCAUGGGAGGAUCAGUGUUGAAUGAUCCCCAGUGACCCCCUUUGGGCAGAUCUGAUGAUCUGUGGUCCUAGUGAUCCCUGUUGGAAGGCACCUGACUGAGGGAGCUCUGCAUCAUCCUGUCUCCCUGUGGGCACCUGGGGAACGCAGGAGCCUGAAUGUCCAUUGCGACAUGAACUGACAUUGGGAAUUCCUUGGGGUGAUUUAUUGACUUUCAACCCCAGAAAUUCUUCUGUGUUCAAUCCUAUCUUCUGGUGGCAUCCAGGAGUACUCAAUGGUCUUGGAGGUCUUUUCCCAUGUGGUGGUUUGUAAAGAUUUCCUGAAAUUUUUUACCUGCUGCAACCUGGGCAGUCUCCCUUGUAUAUGACAAGAACCAAUCAGUGUCAGACUUUUAAUAUUGACACGUUGUUAAAGCUAUAAGCAAGUCUAGGCCUCUUUGUGAAAUACACGUGUAAAGAAAAAAAGCCCCGAGAAAGUUCUCUUUCCCUUCUGGCCUCUCACAAAGUAACACCAGCCCAGGCCCCCUCCACGCGGCCAGGGCCGGGCAGGGACAGGCGGGCUCUGACUCAGAACUCAGGAAGCUGCCGGGCCCUGUUUUCAAGCAGGGACCCCGAUAUCCAGGGAAAGGAAAGGAAAGGCCCGUUGCUAACAUCCCUGCCCCCCGGCACGGCCGUGGCUCGGCAGAACCCUGCCCUGCCCCGGCCCGGAGCAGCUAUGAACGGCCGGGCCCGCCCCGCUGCCCCCGCGGCCUGGGGGAAAAACAACUGAGCCCCGUUCUGGCAAGGCCCCCACAGCCUUGUCUGCUGGGCAGGGUGGAGGAAGAACCCCCGGCCCGCGGCUGGAAUUGAGUGCAGCGGGUGCUGGAGAAGAGCCAUGAAACCAGAAACUCAUCACCGCUUCUCUGACUAAACCCUAUAGUCCUCACCCAGGCCCCAGCAUGGCCUUGAAAGUCUCUUUAUUGUAAAUAACUCUGACUGCCCCACCUGGAAAAUAUCACAAAACCCUCUGCUGCCCGGACAAGGUAUUAACUCUUACAAUGCCCAAAAUAAAACCUUACACAUACUUUAUUUAUCUCCUAAAUAAAUAAACAGAACAGAACCAAAACCAAAAACCAAAAUAGUAAUACACACAGAAACAAUAUAAAAACGCACCAAACAAAAGAACACUCAAAUCCUAAAUAAAGGGGAAAAGUCAUCAACUAAAAUUUCUCUUUUUUUUAAACUAUGUAGAAAAAAGCUCUUGUUUCCGUAUAACACAUAAAAAUACUAUGACGUGAAUAUGAUUGUUCUAAUUGUAAAUAUAAGCAAAAGCAUAAUAUUAAAGUAAAAAAUUUUAAAAUUGCUGUAAUCCCCUAAGUUUAAAUAAUAAACAAGCCACAGUUGUUUCCCCCCC